CACCGGACGGAAAAAAAAAUCAACCGACUGCAGUUGUUUUCCUUUGCGUUUUGUUUAUUUACGGUCGGAAGUCGAUUUAUUUUGAGCCGUUCACAUUCUUUUUGCAAAUAGUCAAAUACCAGAGGGCAUUUAGCUGGUUGCUAUAACGGUCUGGUGUCGAAACUUGAGUUUCUGUUUGAAAUUUACUGAUUCAGCCGGUGUGUGCUUCUGAAUCCAAGCCAAGUAAAUGAUAUAUGUUUCAUAGCAGUAAAAGGUUUUAUAUUGAGAGCGUUUUCUUCCUAACGGCGUUAUGAGUUAUCGGUACGAAGGUGGAGGGGGAGGAAGAAGAAGCAGGAGAGGAGGUAGAGGGUACAGGGAUGGGAGCAGAGAGAGGCUGGAGAGAAGAGGAGGAGGUUGCGGCAGAGGUGCGAGAGGAAACGGUUCCAACUUUGCCCAGGACUCAGAGGGUCAGAAUGACCGACCGCCUCCACACCUGAGGGGCCGGGAGAUCGGUCUUUGGUACGCUCGGUAUGGAGCCGUUAGGAGGAAACAAGCUGACCGCAGAUCGAGGGCAGUGGUCCAUAUGGAUGAAGCCAGACAAGAGCACAUCACCAAGCUGCUUAACUCUGUCCAGAGCGACCAGCCGGACCCUGGUAGAUCCAGCAGAGACGGAUAUUCCUCCAUGUCUGACAACUGGCAGACAGCUGCCAGCAGUAGCGGUCACUGCUAUUUUGAUGGGGAUUUGCCUGAAGAAGUGAAACACAAGUCUGAGGAAGAAGAAGAAGAAAUUACUUCUAAACAGAAGAAACCAAAUAGCACAUCAAAAGGUGCAUCGUCUGCCAAGGCAGAUAAAGAUGAGCCACCAGACAACUGGGAUGAAGGUGAUGAGGAGGAGGAGAAGGUGGAAAAAGAAAGGCCGAUAAGGAAUGACAAGGAUGUGGAGUUCUUGCUUCAGGAAGUAGUCAGAGACCCUUUAAUGGAUGAGGAGUUGAAAAGAGAUCUGCAAAGCAAAAAAACAGACCCGAGUUACAAAGAAAUGCUGAAAUUCAGGGAAAAACUACCAUCAUAUUCUAAAAGGGAGGAUCUGGUCAGACUGAUCAACUCUAACCCCGUGGUAGUGGUCAGUGGGGAGACGGGCUGUGGAAAGACCACUCAGGUCACUCAGUUCAUCCUGGAUGAUCACAUCAAUAGAGGCCGAGGCUCAACGUGCCGUGUGGUCUGCACACAGCCUCGCCGCAUCAGUGCCAUCUCUAUAGCGGAGCGUGUAGCAGCUGAAAGAGCAGAAAGGGUAGGAAAUGGGAAAUCUUGCGGUUACCAAAUCCGCCUGCAGAGCCGGUUACCACGGAGACAAGGUUCGAUACUAUAUUGUACGACAGGAAUUAUUCUUCAGUGGCUACGCUCAGAUCCGAUGUUAUCCAGUGUCAGUCAUCUGGUGUUGGAUGAAAUCCAUGAAAGGAACCUUCAAUCAGAUGUUUUGCUCAUCAUUGUCAAGGAAUUACUCAACGUCCGAGAUGAUCUUAAAGUCAUCCUGAUGAGUGCCACUCUCAACGCAGAGAAGUUUUCCAAAUAUUUUGACAAAUGCCCAAUGAUCCACAUCCCGGGGUUGACAUUCCCAGUGGAGGAGCUCCUACUUGAAGACAUUAUAGAGAUGACCAGAUAUCGUCCACUGAAUACAGAUCGUAACCCUGCAUGGAAGAGGCGAUUUUGGCAGGGCCGCCAAUCCAGCUCAGGGAAGGAGGAGAAGGAACUGGAAUACAAAGAAAGCUGGCCAAGUUAUGCUCGCACGCUGCAGGGCAGAUAUUCUGACAGCACCAUUGAGGCUGUGGAGAUGUUAGACAACGAUGAGAAGAUUGAUCUGGAACUGAUCUUGGCACUGAUCCGUUAUAUUGUGCUCAAUGAGGGGGAAGGAGCUAUCUUGGUUUUCCUGCCUGGCUGGGACAACAUCAGCGGCCUCAAUGAUCUCCUCAUGGCUCAACAGAUGUUCCGAUCAGAGAAUUUUGUCAUCAUCCCUCUGCACUCCCUCAUGCCCACUGUUAAUCAGACGCAGGUUUUCAAAAGACCCCCACCAGGAGUUAGAAAGAUUGUGAUUGCAACCAACAUAGCUGAGACCAGCAUCACCAUAGAUGAUGUUGUUUUUGUGAUAGAUGGAGGAAAGAUUAAAGAGACCAACUUUGACUCUGACAACAACAUUAGCACCAUGUUGGCUGAGUGGGUUAGCUUGGCCAAUGCCAAACAAAGGAAAGGACGUGCUGGCAGGGUGCAGCCAGGAAAGUGCUAUCAUCUGUACAAUGGGCUUAGGGCCAGCAUGCUGGAGGCUUAUCAAUUGCCUGAAAUUAUGAGGACACCGCUGGAGGAACUCUGCUUGCAGAUAAAGAUACUGAAGCUUGGCUCCAUUAGUCAUUUUUUGGAGAAGGCCAUGGACCCACCGAGUCAGAAGGCAGUCAACCUCGCCAUCAAGAACCUCACAGACCUGAAUGCCCUGGACCACAGAGAGAAUCUGACAGCGCUUGGUGUCCACCUGGCUCGUCUCCCUGUAGAGCCACACACUGGCAAACUGAUCCUGUUUGGAGCUCUUUUUGGAUGCCUCGACCCAGUGCUCACCAUCGCUGCUUCGCUCAGCUUCAAAGACCCUUUCUUCAUACCCCUGGGGAAAGAGAAGAUGGCAGACAUGAGGAGAAGAACUCUGUCCAGAAACUCCAAGAGUGACCACCUCACUAUUGUCUAUGCCUUUAAGGGCUGGGAGGAAGCCAAACAGCGGGGAGCUAGGUAUGAGAGAGAGUACUGCUGGGACAACUUCCUGUCUGCUAACACACUCCAGAUGCUUCAUAACAUGAAAGGUCAGUUUGCAGAACAUCUCAUGCAUGCUGGCUUUGUCAGCAGCAGGAACCCCAAAGACCCUAUAUCCAACGUCAACUCAGACAAUGAGAAGUUAAUUAAGGCCGUUAUUGUUGCUGGACUGUACCCUAAGGUGGCAAUGAUCAGACCGUCUUACAGCAAAAAGAGACCAGGGGUAAAGGUGUACACCCAGUCUGACGGAAAGGUGUGCAUUCAUCCCAAAUCUGUCAAUGUUGAAGAGACGGAGUUUAAUUACACAUGGCUCAUUUACCACCUGAAGAUGAAAACCAGCAGUAUCUUCCUGUACGACUGCACUGAAGUGUCCCCGUUCUCCCUGCUGUUCUUUGGAGGAGACAUCAGCAUCCAGAAAGAAGAGGGCGACGAAACCAUCGCUGUCGACCGCUGGAUUGUCUUCAGAUCCCCAGCGCGCAUUGCCCAUCUUGUUAAGAGUUUGAAGAAAGAGCUGGAUUCACUGUUACAAGAAAAAAUCAGCAACCCGGCUCCUGUGGACUGGAAUAACCGGCAGUCCAAAGACUGUGCUGUCAUCACAGCAAUCAUAGAUCUCCUCACCACCCAAGAAAGGCCUGCAGGCAGCAGCAAGGACGAUGGCAGGAUGUGGGCGUCUGCCCCGAGAGGGAAGCACGUUUACUUUAAUGAGGACGAUGAUGAUGACGACGACAACGAUGAUUAAAAGUGGCCAGGGAUUCGGCUGGCAAUGAAGAAAGUAGCCUUUGCGGUGACUGAGUGCACCUUCAGACAUGAGUUUGUUGGAAUAUUUAUGAUAGACAGCUGGCCUCCCUGAUGCCUCUACUCGGUUUAAACUUUACUGCUCCCUUGAUGCUGCUAAAGGCCAAACAGAAGGGUAGAGUGCUGGAAAAUGAAAAUGGUCUUCCUUUGAAUGAGUCCUGCUUUUCUCUCUCUUUUGACCAUUUAAAUAGCUCAUUGACCAACCUGUCUUUAUGUUCCCGUUUUGUUUAAUUUGUUUAUUUUAUAUUUGGAAGUUUUGACCUGUUUCCAAGCAAUGCCACAAAACCGCUUGUGUAAUAAAUAAGCUACUUGUAA